AGCAUGCCCGCGGUCGGAAGGCCUAAAAAUAGCAUGGGGUUGGGGGGCGGCGCACCCGCUUAUCGAGCAGCCUCUUUGGUUUUGGAGUCACCCAAACGACGGUGAAGUCGUUUUUAUUUCAGGAAAUCGAUAGAAAAGGAAGCCCCACCUCUAAAGCUCAGCUGACAGGAAGUGGGGUGUGCAGCUGAGAGUUCGAGAGGUACGAAACCCCAAAGACAGGAGUGGCCGGGGCACUCGGCGCGCCCGACCCGCCACAUAGGAAACAUAGGCCGGACCAUGGGAACACAAAAGCCUCGUAUCCUGCCCUGGCUGGUAUCUCAGCUGGACCAGGGGCAGCUGGAGGGCGUGGCCUGGCUGGAUGAGAGCCGCACGCGCUUCCGCAUCCCUUGGAAGCACGGCUUGCGGCAGGAUGCCCAGCUGGAGGACUUCGGCAUUUUCCAGGCCUGGGCUGAGGCCAGCGGUGCCUACACUCCUGGGAAGGAUAAGCCCGACCUGCCCACCUGGAAGAGGAAUUUCCGGUCCGCCCUGAACCGGAAGGAAGCGUUGCGUUUAGCAGAGGACCACAGCAAGGACCCCCACGACCCGCACAAGAUCUAUGAGUUUGUGACCUCAGGAGUUGGGGACUUAUCUGAGCCAGACACCUCUCUAGACACCAAUGGCAGAUACAGUACCUCUGAUAUCCAGGAAGACAUUCUGGAGAAGUUACUGAGUGACAUGGACUUGGCCCCAGAUGGAGGGCCCUCAAGUCUGACCAUGGCCCCUGAGAACCCCCCUCAGCUCUUGUUGAGCCCCAACUUAGAUGUCCCUGCUCCUUGCCCAAAGCCGGGACCCCCUGAAAACCCACUGAAGCAGCUGUUGGUGAGCGAGGAAGACUGGGAGUUCGAGGUGACCGUCUUCUAUCGGGGCUGCCAAGUCUUCCAGCAGACUGUCUUCUGCCCGGGGGGCCUGCGGCUGGUGGGAUCAGAAGCAGGGGACAGGACACUGCCUGGACAGCCGAUAAGACUGCCAGACCCCGCGGCGUCCCUGACAGACAGGGGCGUGACAGGCUACGUGCAGCGGGUGCUGAGCUGCCUGGGCGGGGGACUAGCUCUGUGGAGGGCCGGGCAGUGGCUCUGCGCCCAGAGGCUGGGGCACUGCCAUGUGUACUGGGCCGUGGGCGAGGAACUCCUCCCCAACAGUGGUCACAGGCCUGAUGGUGAGGUGCCCAAGGACAGGGAAGGAGGCGUGUUCAACAUGGGGCCCUUCAUAGCAGAUCUGAUUGCCUUCAUCGAAGGAAGCAGACGCUCACCACGCUACACCCUCUGGUUCUGCGUGGGGCAGUCAUGGCCCCAGGACCAACCAUGGAUCAAGAGGCUCGUGAUGGUCAAGGUUGUCCCCAUGUGCCUCAGAGCCCUGCUAGACAUGGCGCGGGUAGGGGGUGCCUCCUCCCUGGAGAACACUGUGGACCUUCACAUUUCCAACAGCCACCCACUCUCCCUCACCUCGGACCAGUACAAGGCCUACCUCCAGGACCUGGUCGAGGACAUGGACUUCUAGGUCACCGGGGAGGCCUGAGCCCUCAGCUUCCACCUCAACCAAUAAACUGGUUCCGGCCAUGGUCA